AUGGCCGACGCGACGGCCACUGCCGGGGCUGCGGGCUCCGGAACGAGAUCAGGAAGUAAACAGUCCACUAACCCUGCUGAUAACUACCAUCUGGCCCGGAGGCGAACCCUGCAAGUGGUUGUGAGCUCCCUGCUGACAGAGGCAGGGUUUGAGAGUGCUGAGAAAGCAUCUGUGGAAACAUUGACAGAGAUGCUGCAGAGCUACAUUUCAGAAAUUGGAAGGAGUGCCAAGUCUUACUGUGAGCACACAGCCAGGACCCAGCCCACACUGUCAGAUAUUGUGGUCACCCUUGUCGAGAUGGGUUUCAAUGUGGACACUCUCCCUGCAUAUGCAAAACGGUCUCAGAGGAUGGUCAUCACCGCCCCUCCGGUGACCAAUCAGCCGGUGACCCCCAAGGCCCUCACUGCAGGACAGAACCGACCCCACCCGCCACACAUCCCCAGCCAUUUCCCUGAGUUUCCUGACCCCCAUACCUACAUCAAAACUCCGACGUACCGCGAGCCCGUGUCAGACUACCAGGUCCUGCGGGAGAAGGCCGCGUCCCAGAGACGCGAUGUGGAGCGGGCACUCACCCGUUUCAUGGCCAAGACAGGCGAGACCCAGAGUCUUUUCAAAGAUGACGUCAGCACGUUUCCACUGAUCGCUGCCAGGCCUUUCACCAUUCCCUACCUGACGGCUCUUCUUCCGUCCGAGCUGGAGAUGCAGCAGAUGGAGGAGACGGAUUCCUCAGAGCAGGACGAGCAGACGGACACAGAGAACCUCCCUCUUCACAUCAGCCCGGACUCACAGAAAUCCUCAGUACCCAGUCAUGGGCCGAAGACACCAUCAGGCCAAAAGGUGAAGGCUCCACACCGUCCCCUGUCCUUGUCGUGGAAGCAGGACCGUGAGCAGACUCUGGCGGCAGCCUAUGUGCCAGUGGUGGUGGACCCCAGAGGGCAGAACCCAGACAAGCUCAGGUUCAAUUUCUACACCUCCCAGUACUCCAACUCCCUGAACCCCUUCUACACCUUGCAGAAGCCCACUUGCGGCUACCUGUACCGCCGGGACACCGACCACACCCGCAAGCGCUUCGACGUGCCUCCUGCCAACCUGGUCUUGUGGCGCUCAUAGGCUGGUGCCAGUCGGAAGCCCCCCACCCUACACCCUCACGCCCACAAUGCUGGGUCCCCAAGG